AUGGUGUUCUUGCUCCAGAUGAGACCCAGUGUCUCAGGUAUAAGGGGUGGCUCCAUGUCUAUGGAAAGAACAAGACCCGAAUACCAGUGCAAAUGGAGGUAUUACUUGAUGAGUACAAGGAUGUUCUUCAUCACCAUCAAGAUGUGGUGUGGUCUAGAGAUGAGGUCAUACUCUACAACGUCUUUGAACCCACCUUCAUCAAGGGGGCUCUCCAGGCUAGUGUUUGAAAGUCCGGUUCGGUCCGGUUUUUUGAUGCCCAGGGGCGCUAACCGUAACCGUAACCGGUCUGCCUUUUCCCCAGAAGUCAAAAGACCAGACUGGACCGCAAAAAGACCGCAGACCGCGGUUUUUUGCGGUCUAUAGACCGGUUUCGGUCUGCAUCGGUUUUAACUGGUUUAUGACCGGUCUUUAGGCCAAUAUUUUAAAAUUAUGAAUCGGUAAAUUUAUUAACAUCUCUAAUAGCUUCAAAACGAGCCCAAGAACGUUAAAUUCCGUUAGGAAUUGGUGCUUCUAUAAAAUAAGUCUGGUACAUCUAUUAUUCCCAAAAGUAAUUUACA